AUCCUUUUGCCAACCGACGCGCACCUCAGACCGGAAGUGGUAUCACAGAUUGCCGCUCUUGGUUCUCCCGCCUUGUCUGGAGAAGGAAGCAGAUUUCAGGCUUUCAUAUCAUCUCCAACUAAAGAUGGCCGAGACAGAUGUGGACAACGAGCUCCUGGACUACGAGGACGAUGAAGUGGAUAACCAGGCCGGGGGAGAUGCGCAGGACUUGGUCCCCAAGAAGGAGAUAAAGGGAUCGUACGUGUCCAUUCACAGCUCCGGCUUCCGGGACUUUCUGCUCAAACCGGAGCUGCUCCGCGCCAUUGUGGAUUGUGGCUUCGAGCAUCCAUCGGAAGUGCAGCAUGAAUGUAUCCCUCAGGCCAUUCUAGGGAUGGAUAUUCUUUGUCAGGCAAAAUCUGGCAUGGGGAAAACGGCAGUGUUUGUGUUGGCCACGUUGCAGCAGCUGGAACCUGUAACAGGACAGGUCUCCGUGUUAGUUAUGUGUCAUACCAGAGAGCUGGCUUUCCAGAUCAGCAAAGAGUAUGAACGCUUCUCCAAAUACAUGCCAUCUGUCAAGGUGGCGGUGUUCUUCGGGGGUCUCUCUAUCAAGAAGGACGAGGACGUGCUUAAAAAGACCUGCCCGCACAUCGUGGUGGGGACUCCGGGUCGGAUCUUGGCGCUGGCAAGGAACAAGAAUCUGAAUCUCAAGCACAUCAAACACUUCAUCCUAGAUGAAUGCGACAAGAUGUUGGAGCAGCUAGACAUGCGCAGAGACGUUCAGGAAAUCUUCCGUAUGACUCCUCAUGAGAAGCAGGUCAUGAUGUUCAGCGCCACUCUGAGCAAGGAGAUUCGCCCCGUUUGCCGGAAGUUCAUGCAAGAUCCGAUGGAAAUCUUCGUGGAUGACGAGACCAAGCUGACUCUUCACGGCCUGCAGCAGUACUACGUGAAACUCAAGGACAACGAGAAAAACCGCAAGCUUUUCGACCUCCUGGAUCUUCUGGAAUUUAACCAGGUGGUGAUCUUCGUGAAGUCGGUCCAGCGCUGCAUCGCUCUGGCACAGCUUCUGGUGGAGCAGAACUUCCCGGCCAUCGCGAUCCAUCGUGGGAUGGCGCAGGAGGAGAGGCUGUCCCGGUACCAGCAGUUUAAGGAUUUUCAGCGCCGGAUACUUGUUGCCACCAACCUGUUUGGUCGAGGGAUGGACAUAGAGCGAGUGAACAUCGCGUUCAACUACGACAUGCCGGAAGAUUCCGACACCUACCUGCACAGGGUGGCCCGCGCCGGCAGAUUUGGCACUAAAGGGUUGGCGAUCACCUUUGUCUCAGAUGAGGGCGAUGCCAAAAUCCUCAACGAGGUUCAAGAUCGAUUUGAGGUCAACAUCAGCGAACUUCCCGAUGAAAUCGACAUUUCCUCGUACAUCGAACAGACACGAUGAGCCUGGAUUGUUUCUCGGCUUCCUCCGUUCUGCUGUAUGCUGCCCAUGCGCGGCUCCUUCCUGCACCUGUUUUUCUCGGGAGGGCUGAAGCGAUCACCAGCUAAUUUUUUGUUUUAAGACUCGCUCCGUUAGACCUCCAUCGGUCGGCGUCCGUGGGAUUUAUACGGAGCCCCGGGGUCCCGGUUUGUUCCACCGACCUCUUUACAAGGACUCUCGGUGGCAGGAGGCAUUUUAAUAAAUCCCUGGCGAGGGAAGCCGUGCUCCGCGGGUCUCUUGUAUAGCCGUAGUAUUAGGUUAGCGUUUUUAUACCAAGCCCUUUAGGGAUGUUUUUUCCGUUGGUGCCCCGUUUUGAUCAGUGUUGUUGCCACCUUGUAUUUUGUGACUUCUUACACAACGAAAAGUGUCACAUAAAAAAAAAAUCAAAAGCUUGGUUACUUGUUAUUUGCUU